AUGGGGUUUGCGUAUGAUGCUGUUUACUUGCAGGCAGUGAGAAGGGACAAUAAGCAACGGUUUAGCCUCGUUGAAGAGGAUGGAGAGCUCUUGAUCCGCGCUAACCAAGGCCAUUCCGUCACGACGGUUGUAUCCGAGAAGUUACUUAAACCAAUAUUGUCACCGGAAGAAGCUCCAGUGUGUGUGCAUGGAACUUAUAAGAAGAAUUUGGAAUCCAUCUUAGCAUCUGGCUUAAAGCGUAUGAAUAAACUGCACGUUCACUUUUCUUGUGGCUUGCCAAUAGAUGGUGAAGUGAUAAGUGGUAAGCUACUUUUGAUGCUGUUUCUGAAUAAUUGCAUAUGCACAUUUAUCUGGGAACUGAUGACAAUUUGA